AACCACUCGCCGCACCUUUAUUCUACAUACUCCAAUUUCCCUCCCCUCCCCUCAGUGUGUGUGUGCGUGGCCGCUACGCUGCAUAGCCUCACCGCUGCACCCCCGGCCUUCUGAGCAGGGGCCGUUGCAGCGCAGAAGCCGCAUGAGCCUGCAGUCCUGCCUCAUCAGCAGCCAUGCAGCACUUCACCACGCAGCUGCGCCAUGAACAGAACAGGACACGCUCGUUGCGCGCGAGUCAGUACCACAGGGCAAGAAGAAAUAAAGAUAAAAGGAAGGAAGAUGAAUCACUUGCGGAUCUAGAGGCCGACGACGAAACGCAGCCAGACGCCAUAGCCCAAUCGUACGCCUCGUCCACUGCGCCUGGAAUAGCUCAGCUGCGUGUCGCAGGCCUAUUGCCCAGUCAAGAGGACAAAGUCCCUCCACCACCCUUCCCCCAUGCAUCUGCGAGCGUGUCCAAACAACACAAUGGCCCCGCUAAAGUCCAAGAGGAAAUGGCCAGACCGCCUUCACGCCUCUACGCCGUCCACGCCUCUUCGAAAGGUGGUGCCGUCCAAGGCCAUCCAGAGGCUCAAAAGAGGGCUCAUCUCGAUUCUCUGUCGACACUGAUGCAUUGCUGUCUGCUCAAGGGAGAUUACGAGCGUGCGGGGAGAGCGUGGGGCAUGAUUCUACGGACGCAGGUUGCUGGUGGGCGCCCUGUGGAUCCCCGUAACCACGGACGCUGGGGCAUCGGUGCUGAAAUAGCGCUGCGUCGCACGCCACAGACGCUGAUGGAGCACAGGUUCUCUCAAGAAGGCUUUGAGCUUGCUCGUGAAUAUUACAAUCGUCUCAUUAUCCAACACCCAACCCGGAAAUUGCAACCCCAUGCUGUUGACGAGAGGACAUUCUACCCACCCAUGUUCUCGUUAUGGAUCUACGAAGUCCGCGAAAAGAGCAAACGUGCAAGACAGCAGCUGCACGACGACGUUGCAAACCAAUCGCGCUCCUCUCGAAGCACUUCAGUCGACAGUAACAUUAGUAAGACUCCAGGCAACUCUUCCGCAAAAGAGGCGACAAUCCAAGCGGAGGAACUUACUCAGGCUCUGGAGAUUGCAGAGCGCCUCGACCAAGUCAUAUCAUCUCCACCAUUUGACAAGCAGGCAAGUCUCCUGGAACUCCGCGGCCACAUCGCUUUAUGGGUUAGCGAUCUCACCCUGGGAGAUAUGGGUACCGAUACGGACAGGAACAUGAAUCCAUCUACGCACUCAAGUCCAGCUCCAGACCAGCUCAAACGACUUGCAAAGGCUCAUCAUGAAGUGCUAGCAGCGCAGACAUUUCUCGAACGAGCUGUUGCGAAUGGGGCUGAAAGCCAGGCAGCAGCUCUGUCAAGUAUCAACGUCAAGCGUAGGAGUCUGGUCAAAACUAUGGAGCAGUUGCGUACUACUGGGUGAGGCAAGCAUCUCACGAAUGAACAAACUUUGAUUUCCGCAUUAUACCCAACCCCUUCUUAGAAGACUAUUACAAUAUGAGACCAUAUCAAGGUCCGAUACGUGAGUACAGGCUUCUGGAAUCUCUCUUCUCGUACAUUUCAAUCCUCAUCCAACAGUAUCUGACUGAGGUCUGACGCCUGCAAGCAGCGCAGGUCUACGCGUAGGAGGCGGCGAGGACAAGACAAAAAGCAAAGUCUGUCACCUCCCAAUUAUAUACAAUCGGACUCGGCAAGCCCGUAUGUGGAACAAUAAAGAUGCCAUCUAGCCCGAACCUAGAG